UUAUUCACACGAUACCAGUGGGGAACGUUGAUUUGGUUUCGUUCUUUUAAAUUUACAUUGUUUUGAAUUUUUCCGUGAAUUUCUCAACAUCUUUAGGAACUGGAGACUGACUACGUGGGUCUGAGAUUUUGUUCGAGACUCCUUAUGAUUCCUGUCAAUCUCUCUUUGAGUUACCUCCAACUUCUCAUGUGAUUUUGCAGUGGUCCUUCAAGUAUUAGAUAGAGUUAAAAAAAUGUCAUCGACAUUGACAAUCAAAUCAUCACAACUUCGAAAUUUACUCUGCAACUGUGCCCCGCUACGAAACAAAUUUGAUUCAGUUUCUAAAAGCUCUAGUUCUUUUCAUGCAGCAGCUGAAAAUGAACAGAGACGGAAAGAACACACUUAUGUUCGAAGGUGGAAAUAUGUGAAUGUUGAAUCUACUUCUAAAUAUUUACUAGGACAAAUCAUUUACAAUAAAGAUGGUAUCGUGGCGAUAAAUAAGCCACCAGAUCUAGGUUCUUCAAAAGAGGAUUGCAGCAUUUACCAUACUCUUCCAUUCUUAGCUAAAGAACUAGGAUAUAAAUAUUUGAAGUUGGUCAAAGUGCCCGAAAAAUCUAUCAGUGGAAUUACUAUACUAGUGGCAGACGCUGCCUUAGCUGAAGAAGUGAGCAAAUCCAUCCGUAGAUCUAAGGCUCUGUUUUCUGACGAUCCAAAACAAACCUUUUUAGCACUCACUGUCGGACACCCUUUGAAAGAUGAGGGAAGUGAAAGGUUUGCUGUCAAAAUUCAAAACCAUGAAAACCAAAAGCAUUGCUACAUCGUACGUAAAUGGACUGAGAAUGAAAGGAAGAGAAGAGAUGUAAAUAUUGGAGUAGUUAGCCACAAGGUUGUGGCGCAGUGUGAGCAGGCCUCAUUGGUGUCAGUAUCAACAUGGCAAGAGCAUGCACACUGUCCAAGAGUGUUUUUAUCUGAUAUUCUGCUAUCCCCUGCAUUGGGUGACAAAAAAUUUGGAACAAGAGUCAGUUCCUUGUUUGGAAAACCAGUUUUGUUAAAACCAUGGAUUGCCCCAGCUGUGAAAGCACUGCCACCACCUCUACUGAAACAUCUUUCUGUGCUAAGUGGUUCUGAAGGGUCAAUACCAAUGCAUUUACAUCUCCAAGAAUUGACUCUGCAUGGAUUUAAAAAAGAUAAUUCAGACUUGAUUUUAAGAGCUGAUCCACCAGAAUUCUUCCUAUGGUCUUGUAAACAGCUCAAUUUAGAAUUGCCAACUGUGGAUAGAAUUGACCAGCCAGUAGAGUUGUCAGAAGAGAUAGAAAGAAAAAAUCAAAACAACAUUAAAAUGAUAUGAAUGUAACUUGGCACAUAAUUGAUGAAUUAAAAAAAUAAAAACACAUACAACAGCAACAAAAACAGUCAGAAGCAUUAUCAGAAUUCAGAAACCACCACCAACGUGGAAAUUUCUAGUAUUAGAAAAUUAUA